UUUGGGCAGCCAGUGGAUGUCUGACAGCCGGCAUCCUUGGCCCAAAAUAAUCUUUACUUACAUCUGCAUAAAUACAAUCAUUACUUUGUGUUGUGCACGUUAAAUUAUUUUAUCUAUAUCUAGGCAUUAAAAAGAUAUUAUUUGAUUGAAAGUGUUAAAAAAUUGUCAUUACUAUUUGAAAAAAGAGUUAAUAAUUACAUGUAAAAUAGUAAAUAAAUAUCUGUAUAGUGUUCAUGACUGUGGAUCCGCUUGGAGCAAUUCAUCACUUCAAAUUGAAGCUGUAAUUAAAGUAUUAUAAUUGUUGUAAUUAAUAAUAUAAUUGAUAUUCACACUUCCAAAAUGAAUGAAGAAGAUAUGUGGAAAGGAUUUUACGAGAAAAUUAUCAGAGAAAAAGAGCUCAAAGAUGCAGGAAUAAAAGAAAAAAGUGAACAUGAGAUCAGGCUGAAGGAUAAAUACAAAAUGGCUCAUUUUCAAAAAUGUGACACCAAGCACCCUUAUUAUGCAAUAGCAGCCAUUCGAAUGACCCAGAGACCUGAAAAUAAACCGGUGACCGUAGGAUCUAUAUAUUGGAAGUUUGUUGCUCACAACUUUAUCCAUAAAAGGAUUCAAGAAUCCGACGGAGGAUUUUUCGAGAACUUGGGAACUUUGUUAGCAGAAAAAGUUCGUGCUCAAGAACUUGCAGAAGGUCCUUUACCUAUAAAAUCUCAUAAAAAUAAUGAUGAUGAUGAAGAAGAAGAAGAAGAAGAUGUGAUCAGUGAAGAAGGAAGCAUUGAAGAGCCAACUGAAGCUUUACUCGAAUCUGACAGUGAUCGAGAUGAAAAUGAACAAGCUCGCGACAUCGUUGUCAGCUCUGUUGGCUGGAAUAUUGAAGAACUUUAUACUGCGCUUGUUUAUAUGACGCAACAUCAAAUCGGCUAUGAUGUGUCUAAUGAAUGCGGCCGGGAAGCUCUACUGAACCAUCUGCAGCAAGCUUUCAAGGUUGAUAAUGAAACACACAUGCAAGUUUUGGAGGAAACACAAAAUAUGGAGGCACCUGUAAUGCAUCUCAAUGUGGAGGUAAUCGAAGCAAAGGAGCUGGUCUCUAAAGAUUCUAAUGGCAAAAGUGAUCCAUUCUGUGCUCUGUAUCUGGAGUCUGCACCAACUAGAAGGUAUAACACAGCUGUCAAAACCUCCACAUUAACUCCUGUGUGGGAAGAACACUUUGAACUUCCAUUAGACGAUGCAGAGAAUGAUACUCUGUGUCUUGAAGUAUGGGAUUUUGAUGCAGCUGAAACGGUACCAGAGAAAAUGAGUAAAGUAAAAGAUGUAAAAGGUGUUAGAGGUUUAGUUAAAUUAGCCAAAGAAAUUGCAGUAACUGCAACUACUGGCAGUCAUGAUAAUGAAUUUAUCGGUCGAUGUAAAAUACCUCUGAAAGACAUUCCCGUAACUGGACAUACAACAUGGUAUUCUCUUGAAAAAAAAAAUAAAUCCAAAAGACGAGGUGUAGUACGACUGAGACUUGCUUUUAGUGCUGAACAUAACACUCAAGUAGCAGCACAAGAACAUAGAUAUCUUAUUCGAAUUUUACUUCUUCAUGAACUUGAAACAGAAAAAGUUGAAAAGUAUUGCUGGUGUGGACGGUGGUCAGCAGCAGCCGAGGCUCUUAUUCUUCAGCACAGUGCACAAAGAGGAUUAUUAGCGCGUGUUGUUGCAUUAGCCCAAUGGGUUGAGUACUCUAGAAUUCAUCAACAACAUCCCAUUCACUACUCCGUAUUCUCUAAACUUGCAGUGGAUUUUAUAAGACCUGUGGAAAAUGGACUUUUUUCAAAAGACGAAGAGAAAUUAUUUUGGGAUGCUACAAGAAAAAUUCUUUAUUCUUGUCUCAAUAGCAUUAGAAAAAUUAGAAGACUUUCUGCUGGGGAUAAAAAUGUGAUGACACAAAUGGGAGCUGUUCUAAGUACUUUAUCAUCAAUUGCUUCACUUCGGGUGCCAGAUGAUUUUGAGUUAUUUCCAGUAAAAAUGUUUGGUUGGUUUCCAGAGCCUGAUAAAACAAAAGUAGAUGUUAUGAAAGCAUUAGAAUAUACUGUAAUCCAAGGUGGAGCUGAAUGGUUUGAUCAUAUUUUAAAUAAUAAUUCCCCAGAAAGUGAUACUGAUGAUGAUGCAUUAAAGUACCAUAUCAAAGUAAUCCAGUUAGUCCGGGCUGAUCUUCAAAGAGCAAUGGAAGUUUACGACAAAUUAUUCAUCAAAAAAAUCAACUUUCCUUAUGCAAGAACUCUAUAUAUUAUGUAUGAAAAGAGAAUCACUGAUAUGUGCAUGAUUAUUGUUGAAGAUGUGUGUCUCAGACUAAAGAGAAUUGAAGUUGACAGUAAUGAUGAUGCUGAAUUAAUACUUGGUACAACUUUAUUUGAGCUCUACCUUUCCCUUCAACGUUAUGCUACGAUGAGUAAAGUAUUUUGUUUAGAUGGUCUAGAAUACAUGAAAAUCUUAAACUACCAUGAAUGGUUCAGAGCCGGAGUAUCACAUUGGCUAGAUAUAGCUGUAUAUAAAGCUUUGAGAAGAAUCGAGCGAGCAGUAGAAUUUGAUACUCUUCAGCCUGUAGAUUCGAGUGUCCAAUAUAGCUCUAGUGCUGUUGAUACUUUGACAAUAUUCUAUCAAAUAAAAGUCUUUUGGAAUCAAUUAGCGUGGCCUGAUAUUGAAGGAUCGUAUACAUUUAUAGCAAAGAUAAUAGAUGAUAUUUGUAAAUGUUCGAUUUCCUAUGCUGAUAUGAUGGCAUCGAAAGCUGAAAAAGUAGAUCAACAACAUCAAGAAUCUGAAAACAGCAGCAGUGUUUAUGAUAAAAAGUUUGAAGUAUCUACUGCUUGGUGCUUUGCAAUCAAUAAUAUUGAUUAUAUAAGAACGUCAAUUGGACCAUUAGCUAAUGAUUUAGGAUUGCAAGGCAUCAUUGACUCUCUAAGUGAAAAUAAAACUCAACAAGAAGCAGAUCGUUGUAGACAAACUCUGCAACUGAUUAUUAAUAAUGCUACAGAUACUGUAAUGAAUAAGAUAAUAGAUUUGUUAGAGGUUGUUGCAAAUAAAAUGCAGCCUGCCAUGAGUAGAUAUCUGAUGGAAGGUGCUGAACUUAUUGAUACCACAAGUAAUGCAAUGGAUCGAUUAUUGCAGUAUCUAGAUUCUAAUAUAACUACAUUACAUGAUAACUUAAAUGAAGAUAAUUUUGAUAGAGUUCUUUUAGUCAUUUGGGAAAUCAUGUCGCAAACACUGUAUAAAUUAGUUCAUUCUAACCUUGAAAAAAGGAGACCACCCUCAUUUUAUUCGAAUUUGCAUCGUACCCUUCACACAUUGAUUCGAUUCUUCAAUCUUGGAGCAGAUGAAAAAGCCAACGUUCAAGUUCUAGAGAAAAUUGAACGACUUUUAAAGUUGCAUGGACUUGAGACAGCUGAAUUAAUUCAUCGUUAUACAUUGGAAAGACUUGAAGAACAGCAAAAAAUUGAUGAACCCUUAUGUGGAAUGCUCACAGUUCGAGCUCAGUUUAUUAGCAAUUCAUUGAAUGUGCAAAUCCUAAAUGCAAGAAAUCUACGAGCUAUGGAUAGUAAUGGCGAUUUAAUAGGAAAGCUGUCUACUCUUGAGCGCAAACUACAUUCAAAAACUAAACAUCUACCUAAACGUAAACUCAAAGAGAUGAAGACAAGAAAAUGCGAUCCUUACGUCAAAGUGAGAUUACUACCUGAAGAAAAGUUUAAUGAUAUCAAAGUACCAAAAACUCAUGUGCAAAAAGAAACUCUCUUCCCUCUUUUUGAUGAAAUUUUUAACAUUCCUUUGACUUCUGAACAAAGAAACAUUGAAGAUGCAAUUGUAGUAUUUGAAGUGAAAGACAAAGAUUUUCUCCGAACAAAGUUUAUGGCAGAAGCAUUUUUGUCGUUUCAUGAAAUAUCUGAAACUGAUCAUGAUACUUCUCUGGAAUCUUUACAACAAAUACAUUUGAAAUUGUCACGUCCAACCGAUAAAGCUACUGAUAUCAUUCGAGCUUUAGAGCAUCGCAAAGGAGACAAUCAAGCAAUGGAUUUUAUUUCAAAACUUAAUACAAAAUUAAAUACAACCAGAUAAUUUUAUUCAGUGGCCUUAAGUUUUUAAAAUAUUUCUCAGUUCUUGUAAAUAACAAUGCAUUUUUAGACAAAAUAAUUUAAAUAUGAUUAAUUGUACUUGUAGAGAAAGUAAUAGCAGCGAUAAAAAACAAUUGUUAUAACAUUUUUGUAGUUUAAUUGUAAAUAUUCUAAAUUUAUAUUUGUGACCUUUAAUAAAAAAUUCUUCUAUAGCA